ACGGAGCGAAUGGAACUUCGUAUAAAUCUCAUUUUGCGCCUUUCUUCAUCUCUACCCCUCGUCUCUCUCUCCCCCUCCCUCCUUUCUCCUUUUCGGACGAUUUCCUCUCUAGCUCUCCAGAUCCGAUCCGAAGACCGAGAAAAGAAGUCUGAUAGAAUGGGUCGUGGAGUCAGCAGUGGAGGGGGCCAGAGUUCUUUGGGCUACCUUUUUGGGAGUGGUGAGGCUCCCAAGCCAUCUCCAAAUCACGCCGAGCCUGCUCAGAAUCCACCACCACCACCAGCAGCGGCAGCAGUAGCUGCAACAACAAAUAUUGGGUCUGCCCAGAAACCGGCUGCAGCUCAACCAGUUGACAACGCCAAACAGAUUCCAGCAGGUAUCCAUGGGAACCCUGCUAACAACUACUUCCGGGCAGACGGGCAGAACAGUGGCAAUUUCAUAACGGUAUGUGAAUAUAUUCGUGAUGACUACGCUAUUUUUUUUGAUCAAUUAUGCACUUCACAGUUCACACCAACUGCCUACUGGUCAUGUAACUUGGAUGUGUUACAUGGAUGUGAGGGAGCUGACAUCCUGGCUCGUAAAGUCAUAUUUGCAUGUCCGUACAAUUACUUGUAA